AACUUUAGCCUCCUGUUUCCCUCUUCCUCUUCAUCACCCUAUCACCUUCUAGGCUGAAUAACUCAAUGACAAGCUCAGUCUCACGUGUUGUCUCCCGCUUGGGUAUUGGUACCUAUCGCUUCGCUCUUGGCGUACCUGAGCAUGAGCGUGUAUUCUACAAGGCAUUGGAACGGCAACAAGACCCUCGACAUAACAUCACACUCAUCGAUACCUCUACCAACUAUGCCAAUGGACGAAGCGAGCAGCUUAUUGGAAAGGUUCUUUCCAAUCCCCAACACAACACGCUAACACGAGACGAACUGGUCAUUGCUACGAAAUUUGGUUAUAUUCAGAACGAGAACAUGCGACUGUUGUCAGAGGGCGUCUUCAAAAGAGUUCCUCCAGAGGAGAUUGUGGAAUAUUCCAAUGAAUGCUAUCAUUGUAUCCACCCCGAGUUCAUGAGAGAUCAGCUUACGCGCUCUCUAGAAAGACUGAAAACCAAAUUUGUGGACAUUCUCUUUGUCCACAAUCCUGAAUAUUAUCUCAUGACCAAUGUAAAUAACCCAGAGUCCAAUGUAAAAAAGCACCAAGGGAUUCUUCUAAAUCGCUUAGCUCUCUUGUUCGAGGAACUAGAACGGGAGAUUGAUAGGGGACGUAUUCGAGCUUACGGCAUCAGCAGUAAUUCGUUUUCUCUGAAGCCUUCUCACGGGCACUUUUUGCCUUAUCAGGAUCUGGUCAAGAUCGCAACUACGGCUUCGGAAAGAGUGCGAGCACAAAAACAAGCUCAAGGGACAAUGGCCGGAAGGCACAGGACUCCUUUAAGGCCCAAGGUAGAAGGCGUAGCGACAACCAAUAGUGCAAGGCAGGGAACUUGGUCUGAGGACCACAUUCGUCCUUCACCUGCUACUCCUAACACUUUAUCUAGGACGUCUCAUGGUUUUGGUUUCCUUCAAAUGCCAGGUAACCUCCUGGAGAUGGAGGGUGUCCAAACAACUGCGAAAUGGGCCAAAGCUCAAGGCUUGAGUGUAUUUUUGAAUCGCCCUUUGAACGCUAUGUCUCCAGACCACCACCCUGUCCGGCUUGCUUCUUAUCCAGCACCACAGUCGCCAACUUAUUUAGAAGCCAAAGCUCAGGUACUUGAGGCUCUCUCCAGGCUUGGUCAACAACGAGAGUAUUUGCAACAUAAAAUGCAGCGGCUCAGAACGAUGAUUGAAGGUUUGGAUGCAUCACUUCAAACAAAUCAUCUUUCAAUUAUUCAUAUGGAAGGCGCCUCUAUUCAGAGCCAACUACAUAGCGAGCUCGCCAGCCCAAUCAAAACCUUCCAUACACCAUCAUCGUCUCCUAGAUCUCAACAAGCGCCAGAGAAUAAAAAACAAGCUUUCACAGACGGUGAAGGCGACAAGGGGCGCCAUAGUCAAAACCAAGGGCAAACAAACUCGGACAAAAAAUCUAAUCCAUCACAGCUCUCUCAGCCUAUCUCCCUAAAACCAAGUGCUGAGGAAGUAGAAAACCUCGUGCAACAUUUGGAUCAUUUUGUUCGAGUAUUUCAUCAGCAAGUACGCUCACAAGAGACCCAACGGGUCACUAAGAUGUUAACGGAUCGCGGCAUUGAUCUUAAAGGCGAGUCCAUCGAGCAGUUUGCAGUGGAAUAUUUACUGGAACACACUCAAGUUGAUUCUGUCCUCCUGGGCAUGAAGCGAGAGCCAUAUGUAGACUUUGCGCGCAAAGUACUUUGUUCAUUACUAGAUGAAGAGUCAAAACAGUAACUCUGUAGAGCACUGGCAGCAUAGAAUGCUGCUCCAAUCCUAUAAAAUGCAAC